AGCCGAACUUCAAGGAUCGAUCGUGGCAAGACAAAGUCGAGAAAUCUGAGUGCUGAGUGUUGCAAAAGGAAAAUCGAAAGAAAAUCUUAAAGAAAUAAGAAUCUGCCAGGAUUCUUCGAACUUUAUAACCAAUCGUGCUGUGCCGUGCUGUGCUUUACACAAAAUGUCCAAUCAAAUGGAGUUUAUUAUGCAGCUCUACAUGAUGAACUUGCUGCAGCAGCAGCAACAGCAGCAGCAGUUGCAGCAGCAACAGCAACAACAGCAGUCGCUGGCUGGAUACACUUACACACAAAACGAGGAUAUUUCCAGCAGCACUUGCCUGCAGCAGCAGCAACAACAGCAGCAGCAACACGAGCAUCCGCAGCAACUUCAGCAGCAGCCAGAAAUCUUCAAGACAAGAACGCACAAACGAAUUAGCUCGCAAAACACCAACUGUAGUAGUAGCCGUAGUUGUAGUCCCAAUAGUAAUUUGAUUGCUUUUCAACAACAACAACCACAUUACACAGCAGCCACGCCCCCCACACCUAACACCCACAACAACAAUCUGGUUGGUCAGAUGUUGCUUAACACUCUGCCACCGCUCACUCAGUACAUGUUGCAGCAACACCAGCAACAGCAGCAGCAGCAGCAACAUUUGUUGGCAACAUCGAACCUCCUACUAACACCCAAAAAUACGCCCAACAACUCAAUGGCCUCGAAUGUCGAACAGUUUACCACAAAUAAUUUUCUGCAAUCCUCCACAGUGACAUCCACGCCAAUCGAGAAGCCAGCAACACCAGCAGCAGCCUCAGCAUCCUUAGCAGCAGCAGCAGCAACAGUGUCAGGAUCUGCUGCGGUUGAAGGCAACCUUUCGGCGGUCACAAUCAAGUUUGAGCAGCAAUUUGCCGAUGACGAGGAGAACGAUGACAAGCCGCUGUCCAGCCUCAACAGCUGCAGCUCCUCGGGCAUGGCCAGCAACAGCACCAAUGCCAGUACCGAGAAGCUGCUCCUGCUGUCGGGCGUCCAUCCGCUGGAGUCAACCUCAGACAGCGUUGACUCACCCAGCAUGUACACGCCCGUAAAGCAGCCAGCGGACUCAUCGUACAACAUCACCACACCCGUCGAAAGCGAACUGACCCCCACAACACCCCAGACCCAGACCACGUCCCUACUGACGCCCCCGUCCAGCGAACAGAGCAAGAGCCUGGUGAGUCUCUCGGCCAGCGGUUUGGAUGCUCUCCUCCAGAGCGAGGAGAGUCUGAAGAAUCUGCGCAAGGUUUCUUCCUAUUUGGAGUGCGAGAACCCAUUGUGCCGGCAGGAGAAUCUGCGGGAGCAUUUCCACUGCCACGAGGAGCCCUGCCAGGGCAAGAUCCUCAGUAAAAAGGACGACAUCAUCCGGCAUCUGAAGUGGCAUAAGAAGCGCAAGGAGAGCUUCAAGCUCGGCUUCGCCCGCUUCUCCUCGGCGGACGACUGUGCUCCGGCCUACGGAGAGGGAUGUGCCUACAACUGGAAGCAGACGCAUUACCACUGCAUCUACGAGCACUGCCCGAAGGUGUAUGUGAGCACCAGCGAUGUCCAGAUGCACGCCAACUUCCAUCGCAAGGACUCUGAGAUCGUCAACGAGGGCUUCCGACGGUUUCGGGCGCACGAGAACUGCCGCAUUGAAGAUUGCCCCUUUUUCGGCAAGAAGAUAUCCCACUAUCACUGCUGUCGCGAGGGGUGCAAUCACACCUUCAAGAACAAGGCUGAUAUGGACAAGCACAAGACCUACCAUCUGAAGGACCAUCAGCUGAAGAUGGAUGGCUUCAAGAAAAUCCUGAAGACCGAGGUGUGUCCCUUUGAGGCCUGCAAGUUCUCCACUGUCUGCAAUCACAUCCACUGCGUUCGGGAGGGCUGCGACUACAUCCUGCACUCCAGCAGCCAGAUGAUCAGCCAUAAACGAAAGCACGACCGUCAGGAUGGCGAGCAGGCCUACCAGCAGUUCAAGUGCAAGCAGGAGGAUGUGGGGGAGUCAUCCCUGGACGCCACUCCCCUGCAGCAGCAGCCCCUUGGCGUGCCUCAGUCUCAAAUGGGCCAGGCGAGUUGUAGCAGCAAUUCCUCCACUCCGCUCUCAUCCCUCUCCGCCGAGCACUUCCUGUCCCGCAAACGAGGAAGGCCUCCAAAGAAAAUUCAACUCCCAGCUGAUGCUCAGGAAUCCGAAGCUAAGCGUGUCAAGGUCGAGAAUGAAUCCUCCAACCCACCACCUUCCCUCCUUGUGCCCCCGUCCCAGCCCGUUACCCACCCGCUGGCCAAUGGACUGUUCCCUGGUCUGCUGCCUGCCGCGGCUGCUCCUGGAGUGGACCCCACUGCCCCCAGCAACUUCCAGCUGACCCAUCUGAUGGCCCUCUUCCAGCUGCAGAACCCGCUCUUCUACCAGAACCUCUAUCCAGGAGUGACCCAGCAGAAUCCGACCAUGCUGGGGAACCUGGCAGCGCUCAGUGCCGCUUCAGCAGCAGCGGCGGCGGCAGCGGCGGCGAAUGGUGUCCAGCAGCCGAAGGCGGAGUUUAGCUUUAAGCCAGAGUUCAAGGAGUAGAAAGGAUGUCUGUCCCCAGGGUAGUUUGUAAAUAGCAAGAUGGACAGACGGACUACAGACGAUGCCUCUUUAGCUGGGUUGGGUUAGGUUCUUUCGGGGCUUAAGAUAGGACCAGGACAUGACAUCCUUCUACCCUCCAUAAAAGCCAACUCAGCCGCACUUUGUGGAGCUUCUCAAGUCCUGAAUCAAGGUGCUGCUGAAUUGGCUUUUGUCUAGAUUACAUUUUUCGAGUGCCACAUUAAUUUCUAAAAUUUUCAGCCAGCUUAAAUAAAUAAAAGAAGAAAUUCUUCGACUUUAGUUUGACUAAAACUGUGAUGUUUCCUUAGGCUUGACUCCUCUAUAAAUCAAUAGGACGGACAUAGGGUAGAUAGUAAGCUAGUAACAUAGCAAUAUAAGCAUUCCAUUGUGUGAUAUACUAACAAAUAAUAUAUUGAUAGUUGUUUUAAUAUUAAGACAAUGUUAUAAUAAAGAUUAAGUGAAGGCUCAUUUCUUUCAACUAAGAGACAUCCCCUUACCUGAAUAAACUAACGCGAACUGUCUUUAAAAUGUAGUAUAAUUAAAAAUACAACUUUUUGUUAUAAUUGGAACAUAUUAAUGUUUUUUUGUAUUAUUGAAUAGGUUUAAAAAAUCGACUGUAAUAAAACGGAAUGCAGAAUAUCAA